GGGUUGCGCCAUCCUACAUGAUCUAAAUUGAGUCAAUGGGGCUGUAAUUUCAAUUACUAUUACAUCUGUUCUUUUAUAGUUGGCUUCUGCCAUUAGAAACAAUACCAGACAGUCGAGAAGGUCGAUAGCUGCAGAAAGUAAAUUAUCAGAAAAGUCCAGUCUGACCCCCGGCUUCUUGGAUGCUCGGAGGCUUACAGCUAAACCAGGUUCCUUUGAACUGCGACCUUCCCACCGCAUCAAGAGGUACGUGGCUUCAGGUGAGAAAACAGUUUCCUGCUUGACAAUUCUGUAAAAUCUUCAAUUUUUGGACAUUUGAGAUUUUUCUUCCUAACCGUUUAUCUUGUUGAAUAGUCCUUUAAUUGCUAUAAGUAUGUUUAGGAGGUGGUAUGUUUGAUUUUACUACUGAUAACUUUUUUUUUCUUGGGAGAGGGUUUUCCCACUAAUGCUAGACCAUCUUUUAGUAUGAAACCUAAAAGCGACAUACGAGGGAGUGAGAUGCAAAAUCCUCUAAGCGACAUUUUGGAAAAAACUGAGAUUGUACAUUGUUACUGGCUAUUAGAUACACAAUGUGUUUUAGGCCCAAACCCAAAACAUACUUCAUAAAAGUCACCAAAAAAUCUUCUUUUUUCGCAUGUUCGUUCGUAUAGCAGCAUUAUUUUUAAAAAGCUGAUCUUCUCAAGAGUGCUAAAAUGGAUGAAGCGGGUUUUGCAUCUCAGCCCCUUCUAGAUCUAUAUAUAUGUAUGAUUCACUGAAUUGGUUAUCAAAUCAAAACUAGUGAACCUAUUUUGAAAGUUAUUUAUCCAAUGAAAGAAAUCCUGGUUAUAGAGACCUGUUUCUGGCAAUUGUUGAAUACGAAUAUGAAGUCAAAGUAGGUAUAAAGGAGUGCCCAACCCACUGCCAACAGCUCACCGACACAGUGGUUCUGACCACGAGCUGCUGAGAGCAGGUUGCCAGAGAUAAGGAGUUAAAGACCGGAUUAAGUGGUUUCAUUCAUGUUUGUAUUCAUGCGGGAUAGAAAAGGAGUGCAUCUGAUGUAGUUUGGCUUGCACAUAAGGCUAACAUGUGGCUUCUAUUUGUUUUAUUGAAAUGACUUUGCCCGUACAGUCAGAAAUAUCACAAAAAACCCAAAGUAGUUCUUGAUCCUCCAGUACAAUUUGUUGGAAAUGAGCACUUGGCAGUCAGCAGAAGUGGAAAAAUGUUUUUGACAACAGCCACAAUAGUCUGUUAGGUUGGGCAUCCCUCACAUGUUUUAUGUCUAAAUCAAUAGAAUUAAACCAUAUUGGAGGCGAGCUGCCUGCUUGGGCCAAUCCAUAACUGAGAGGGAUACAGUAUCCCAUCGAAAACAAAUGAGAUACUUGAUGAAAUGGAGUUUCACUCAUGGGAAGUGUACUUGUUUCUUUUUAGAGUAAAGGCAAAGAGCCGAACCCGUACAUCUCUUUCACUAGUUUUAGUGGACAUGCCAGCAAAUGGUGUUAUUGGUAAAAUAAUUUUAAGGAUCUGUUUUCAAAGAAUACCAGACUGUAGCCAUCAUUCAAAUUUACAAUUUUCUCCUUUUUUUUCUCUCACAAGAAAAUGUUUUCACGGACCUGUUGCUGUCAUUUUCAUUCCGAGCCAAUGCCAGCUAUUUGCUAUUUGCCGAUUCGUUGGACAAGCUGCACCCUCUGAAUGGUGUGCGUGUGAUGAGCAUCACUUGGAUAGUCAUGGGAAAUGUUGUUGGCAUUUUGUACAGCCACCCUGAGCUGCUGAAUAACCAACUGUGGUUAGUUCGCAUGGCUCAGUCCUGGUGGAUGCAAGCUUUCAUCAACACAACCUUGGCUGCUGACUCUUUUUUCAUACUGAGUGGCACUCUGGGGGCUUAUAACUUCCUGUCCAUAAAAUCUGAGAUGGACAAGGAGAGGAAUCCGUGUAAUGUGUUGAGUGUGAAGGAGUACACCUUGAUGAUAGUUCAUCGCAUCAUCAGGAUCUUCCCAAACUACAUCAUUCUGUUGCUGCUGGGAACCAACAUCCUUCCCUACCUGGGCACAGGCCCUCACUGGAAGAUUCGCACUCAAGUUUCACAGACCUGCAAACGCAACUGGUGGUCCAACGUUUUGUUUGUCAACAACUUUUACGACCCGGACCAUAUGUGCCUUUCACACACUUACUUCUUGGCCAACGAUUUCCAGUUUUUCCUUUUCUCCCCAAUUGUGCUGGUACCUUUGAUAUGUAAACCCAGUGUGGGCUUUACUCUGAUUGGUGUCUGUGUGGUGCUGGAGAUGAUGGUGGUUGCUGGUCUCAGUCGCGGCAACAACGGCAACGUGCUCAGCAUGCACGUCAACAAGUACUGGUCCAUGAUCUACACCAAGCCGUACAGUCGUAUUGGGGUUUACUGCAUCGGUCUGGGACUGGGCUACAUUCUCUAUCACUAUGACAGGACCUGGAAGCUCAAGAAGAUGCCCCUAUACACUGGCUGGGUAUUGGCAGUUACUGUGACAACCGUCCUGACCUUUGUUACGUUAGAUCAAAAUGGAGCUGGCUCAAAUUAUGUCUGGAGCUGGACGGAGAUAGCUGUCUACGAAGCGUUAUCCCGGCCCGCUUGGUCACUGGCUCUCUCCUGGGUCAUAUUUACCUCGUCCACUGGACAAGGAGCUCUGGUGGGCAAAUUCCUGUCUGCGCGUUUGUUCCUUCCACUGUGCCGGAUCACCUAUGGUGUGUUCCUGCUGCAUCCUGUGAUCAUCAUCGUCAUCCUAGAGUCUUCCCCGUACAGUAUGGCGCUCACACUCGGCCAACUGCUGAUGUUCUCCUUCUGCGUCCUCGCCCUGUCCCAUCUGAUGUCCUUUGCCAUGAUGUGCUGUGUGGAGUUUCCGGUCACGGCAUUCGAGAGUUUUGUCAUCCUCCGCUACAAGGAUUGGCAGGACCGCCGCAGGGCAAGGAAACUGAUCGGCUUAGUGUAGGCUAGACACAGAAAGGGCAUUGCUAUUUGAGAAGAGUUUUUCUUUUUUCUUUUAGCAGGAUUAUUUUUCGUUUCAUCCUGAUUGUUUUUGUGUGGUGACGCAUGAGUGUUCAAGUUGUUGCAAGAGUGAACAUUUGUGUAUACAAUGGAUGUCCCUUAGGUUGGAGUUUGAUAACAAUGUUUUUGGACAUGAUAAUGUGCUCAUUGUGCAGUCUACUUUUUGCAUACGGGUACAGCAGCUAAGUUUGUUGUUGGUACAUCACUCUUGUAGAAAUAUAAAUAUGUGGUAUUUUUGUUGAGAAAGAAGGUGGGAUGAGUAUCACUGAUCUCCCAGCCUCUACGAACAGACUUCAGGGUUUGUUCAGGGUUUGUGGAAACUGCUUUAGGCUUUAGGGAGUGCAUGCCGGCCCAUUACUAGUUUAGCUCUUUACCAAAUCCAUAUUUAUUUAUUUCUCUAUCAUUUAUAUUGUUGUUUCAUGAUGAUAAUAAAUUUAACUUUCAUGAAGAAUAUUAUCAUUCCUUUCAUUUAUAAUCAUUAUUUCAUUUUUUAUGUUUGGUCUGUCCCUCCUUUUCUUUUCAUGUGUUUUGGUUGUUAAAAUCUUUACCAAUGAUAUCUGAAAUGCUGCAUAUUUGUUUACCACUGAUUCAGUUUCCAUGAAGUGGUAUUUCUACUUACGACUAAUGCUUUUCUUCCUAUGGGAGACUUACAGGAAAACCCUGUUAAUGCACGUUUCAUAUGCCAGAAAAUUUCUUCUUGCUCAGCAGAUUUCAUGUGAACGGAAGUUGGAAU